GUGCGAGGGGGGCAGUCGCAGCUCUUGGGAAAGGAGGAGCUGCGUUGUCGCCACGGGCGAGGUCGCAGCCAGCAGAGCCAGAAAGCCAGGGGCGGCCGUGCGGCUCGGGUCGGCGGGGGGCGAUGGAGGGGUCCCCCCGGGGAGACGGCGAUCGGCUGUGCACCGCCGCCGCCCGCGGGGACCGCGAGGAGGUGCGGAAGCUGCUGGACGCAGGCGUGGAUCCCAACGCGACCAACUGCUUUGGGAGAACCCCGCUCCAGGUGAUGAUGCUGGGCAGCCCGCGGGUGGCCGAGCUGCUGCUGCAGCGCGGAGCCGACCCCAACCGCCCCGACCCGAGCACCGGCUGCCUCCCGGCGCACGACGCGGCCCGCGCCGGCUUUCUGGAGACGCUGGCGGCGCUGCACCGGGCCGGGGCUCGCCUCGACCAGCCCGACGGCCGCGGCCGCCUCCCGCUCGACGUGGCGGCGGGGGGCCCGCACGGAGCGGUGGGCCGAUACCUGCGCCACCCGCCGCCCCUCCCGGGAGCCGGGAGGGCCGCCGAGGGGGCUGCGCGCUGA